AUGACACCUCGUUCUAUACUAAGUUUGUCCUUCUUACCACAGAGAAUUUUAGCGUCUGUGUCGUCCUUCGACCAUGAGGGUGAUUUACCAGCGACUUGGUGCUUCACUUACCUAUCGACUUAUCUGGAGCCUACGACGAUCACGGCUGGUCCGACAGGACUCGAGACAACACCAAACUCAACUUCUUCCGCUGAUGCACCCUUGUCAACGGAAACAAACAUCAAUCUUUCCACAAAUCCCACGUUUGGAGUUUCCGGAACGCCCACCUUCUCUCUCGACACUUCACUCUCGGCCACUGGCCUGUCAGCAUCACGAUCUGCACAACAGACUGCUACAACGGCAACGACCCCGUUGACAAUACCUACUUCGUCCUUAGAUCCUUCCUCAUUCUCGGCCGCUGGAUCUGAUACUUCAUCCAUUCCACUUACCACAUCUUCGCCUGCUAGUCUGACCUCGAACAGACAGGUCCCGAUCACUGCCACUAGCUCUGGUCCCUUUACGUUAACAUCCGCGCAAGUUGAUCAACCUGUGAUCCUCUUCGUUGCCUCAGAGAAAAGGAUGCCGGGUGGAUUUGUGAACCAAAACAUCAGUGCAGAUCGGCAGAAAUGCGACACCGCAACAGCUUUUUCCUUGGUCGCUGGCGAAUUACUAGACAGCGGCGUUCCAGUUCAUUACUCCCCAGGUGAAAUCUAUAAACCUCUCAAUGCUAUGGGGACGCCACAGAACAACGCCAUCACAACCACAUUCGACGUCUUUGAGGGGGUCCUUCGAUUUUAUCAUCCAUCCCUCCCUAGUACCCAGGCAGGCUUCUGUCAGGAUGCCACUGGACAGGUCCACGUUACCUUCACGUCCCGUCCGCCUGAUUAUGAUCCAGUAUCUCUCUUGGCAUACGGAGCUUCCUGGCUUGUCCAGUCAGGGUAUCGCGAUAUCGACUGUACCAAGUGCAAAUUCGAUGGGAGUCUCCAGCACCACGAGUCGUUCCACCGCAAUUAUGCCGAGCGGGUCACUUCGAGACUCUUCUACAUCAUCGGACACGAUUCUCCAAGCUAUUUCGCCAUCGACACUAUCAUCAUUGUCACCGACCCUGUCCCCUUCGUUGUCCUUGUUGCCUUCGCCGUCCUCAUCGCCCUCGUUGUCGCCCUCGCCGUCUUCAAAAACGACCUUGCUCACCCAGACUUCUGCAAUGGCAGAAUCAAGAUCUUCCACCUCGAUGCGCUUCUCCAAUUCUACAAGAUCGAGACAUCAUCAUUUUCGGCGAGCAUGUCUGACACUUCUUCAAGCACCUCGCUCACAACCAGUCUGUCCUCCACUUCAUCCAUUACAACUCCAAGCUUGCCGACUACCACCAGUUCGAGUUUCUUGUCCAGCAGCUCCAGUUCCUCGUCCAGCGCCUCAACCUCCUCAUCCAGCACCACAAGCACGAGUGCUGCGCCCUCCUGUCUUCCUGGUAGCGAGUUCGCCGCAUACGUCUUUGAUCGACUUUCUGCGCCCUGCCAAGAACUCUUGCGGGUGUUAGGCGAUGGAUCCAAGAACCCACGAAACUUGAAUUUGACUUUGCUUACCCAAGGUCAAACGCCUCUUGGCAGUGGAAUCACUCCGUUUAUCUCAUAUACCAACAGCCCAAUUCAGGCAAAUAAUCCCGCAAACAUUUACAGAGUGCGCGGUCCGUCAGGCACAACCUGGAGCAAUUCGUGUGAGGUGAUCCAACAACGAGGCUACCUAAAUUUCAACCAGGCAACGAUCUUUACCAUCACUAUUGAUGUACCUGAUGAUUAUAUGUUUGUUUGGCUUGACGCUUCAGCAUCAUCAGGAGUGCCAUAUGUGGCCGGUAGCAGUCAGCUUGUCUCAGACACCUUCAUGCGACAGAGCAGAACCAGCUAUAAACUCGUUGUAACCGAAACUCAAAGAUACGUCCCUUUCCGCGUAUGGUUUGCCAACUCUGGCGGCCCCUGUCACUUCAAUAUGCUGCUGCCGGCGGUUGUCCGCUUGCCGCUUGUAGUAGUUUCUUUCUUGUAUUCUUUUGAGCCAUAAACUGCGUUUACUUGUCUCCGCGAUGCCUUGCAAGCAAAUCCAUGAAUCUUUUGCACUAGUGGCCCUCUGUUGUGCGGUCCGAAAGACUCUGGACUUCUGCUCCUUGUCUCCGAAGGCCGCCUAGUAACAAAAUUGGCUGCGGCCUUUACCGUUAAAGUGUUAAGGCACUCUGACGCCCUCUCUAAAGUAAUGGCCGCGAGUAAGAAGAUGAAGGACAGGCAAUCAAACGAUUACUGAUAGGGGCGUGCAUAAGCAAUAUUGCACGGCAUCCUGUUUGUGUACCGUCCAAUCUAUUCCCGACAAGACGAUAAAACCAGCAGCCAAUAACUUGUGUGCCCUAGAUCCGUGGACAUUCUCUAUCCGAA